AAUGCUACGAGGCGAUGUCCCCUAGGCAGAGACGCUGAGCGAACGUCGCUAUGUCAGCCGAAUUCAAACAGCUAAACAGCUUAUCAAGAGAUCGGGACUCCUUAGAAGGUGAAUCAGUCUCCACGUUGAUAAGUGAUGUCCAGAAGGCAUUAGAAGAAGGGUUUCUAGACGAUGCUAUGUCGCUAGCAUAAAAUAGAAAUUAUUGCCAACCUCUUGACAGAGACAAACAUGUUCUACUUGGGCAGAGAGGGAAAGGGAGCCGACGCAGAAUCUCCGCGAACGCCGAUGUCAUUGCGAACAACGUUCUCGAAAAAACGCAAGUCAGAUCAAGACUUCUUCACAGCAGCACCAGUAUUAGGGCCGAACAUGACUGGCAAUACGGAGCACGAUUUUCUGCAUGAUGACCUCGAUAUCUAUGAGCACCAUGCCAAUGAGCAUGGGUGUCGUCAGUCCGGUGGGCACAUCCUUCCGGGAAUCGACGAAGUUAGCCCAGUGGUACCGAUGGCGCUGGAUACCUGCUUAGAAUCAGCUGUAGGGAAUAGUUCGCUUCCCGCUGGAGGAAGCGCAUUGCAAAGUGGAACCAGUCAGCAGCUGUUGGAUAACCGCACCUGUCCGAUCUGUCUAAAGCGGUGCCUUCGGCCAGCACAUAUGCGAAUACACAUGAGAACGCAUACGAACGAAAAGCCCUAUAUGUGCCCACAUUGUGGUUACCGAGCCGCUCAAAAAAGUAACCUAAAAACUCAUAUUCUUGCCAGACACUGGUCCGUUAAUAAGCAACAUCGGCCAGAAUCAACACAAUAGUAGCAAGGCUUAUAUAUUUACUGAUUAUAGAUGGAUCUAAGUGUACGUAGAAACGUAUAAGUGUGUAUAAAUUUUAUGACUGCGUGUAUGGCUGCAGACCGCCUUAGUUUACAGCGGAGACCCACCCUUUGAUUUCCCACUAAAGUAGUUGAAUCUGUAGAAGCUACCGUAGGAAAACAACAUUAUAUGUAUGUCGACGAUACUCUAAGGCAAUAGCUAGAGGAGUGGCUAAAAGUGGUGUAUAGUAACAUCGUUGUAUAUUUAAAUAACCAAGAAUAGGUCCAUAAAUAGUACAUUAUAUUUUUGGUUUAGUCAUACGCAGUUUUUUAAUUGAAAUUCUGUGUAAUGGGGCUACAGUUCAUUUGUUUUUUAUGAUGCUUUUAUCUAAGGUAUGUAUAAAAAGCUGUAAUGUUUUAAAUUCGUUAUGUUAUUUUGCAUUCAAGACAUGUCAAUAAAAACGAAAUGCCAUUUAUUACAAUUUGUGAUGUUCUCGUUUACGCGACACUAUUCUGCUGACAAAACACUGAUAAUGUUCACUU